AUGCCUCGUCCAGUUCUUCAUCAGGAACAUUUCAAGAUCCCAGAGAACAUCAAGUGCACAGUUAAGUCUGGUGUUGUCACAAUCGAGCACCAAGAUCCAAAGGACAAGAAGACAACAAAGCUCGUCAAGGAUCUCUCCCACCUCAAGCUUGACUUCGAGUACGAUGAGAAGGAUCACCAGAUCGUUGCCCGCUGCUGGUUCGGCAACCGCAAGCUCCUUGCCCGUAUUGGCACACUCUUCGGCAUCGUCAAGAACAUGAUCACCGGUGUUACACUCGGCUGGCGUUAUAAGAUGCACUUCGUCUACUCCCACUUCCCAAUCAAGCACACAUGCUCUGAGGAUGGCCGUACAUUCGAUUUCAACGGCUUCAUGGGUCAUAAGGAGCACAAGAUUGUUACAGCUCCAGAAGGCGUCAGAAUCUGGUCCAACGAAUCCGUCGCCAAGGAUGAGAUCAACAUCGAAGGUGCCAACCUCGAAGACGUCUCCCUUGUCUGCGGCCAGAUCCACCAGCUCACAAAGAUCAAAGAUAAGGAUCUUCGUAAGUUCCUCGAUGGUAUCUACGUCCAGCACAUCGAACACCUCAAGGAGGAGUAA